UGUGAGAUUGAUAAUAUUAAUAAUAUUAAAAGUAAAAGUAUAAAUUAUUCUUUUCCGUCAUUAAAAAAAAUACAUUUUGAUAUGGGAAUUCCAUCUAUGAAAGAAAUAGUUAGAUUAAUUUCUCGUUCAUCAAAUUUGGAAGAAAUUUUUUUAAUUGAAUUAAAGUUACACACGCCAAAUAUCUUUGAUAUUAUUGCAAAUGGUUGUUCCAAUAUUAAAGUUUUAGAUAUGUGCGUUGGUGGUGAUCAUAACAUUGAAAGUAUCAUUCCAAUUUUUACUCAAUGUCAACAACUUGAAUCGAUAAGCCUUAGAUUAAGCAUUAAAAACAAGAAUUAUAUUAAUAAAAGUAUGGGCAUUUUAGCAAAAAGUAUUCCUAAAAACCUUAAUAAUCUGAUUCUAAUGAUUAGUAUUGAGAUUGGUGAUUUAGAAGCUUUUUUUUCGCAAUUUGAUGGGCUAUUGAAAGUGGUUGGUUUUAAAAUGUUUGAUUACGUUGAAAGUGAUGAUUUAUAUAAUUUAAAUAUAGAAAUUCAAAAAUAUGCAGAGAGAAAACUCGUAAACUAUCGUAUUGUCAGCAGUAAUCGAUGUGAUCAAUUUUAUAUCGAAUUCGAUAUUUGAUAUAAAUGAUGUAUUUUUAUGUACAAUAAUAGAAUAUUAUAAUCUUACCAUUUAAUAAAUAUUUGACCUCUUGUACUAUUUAUUAUUAACUUUAAGAGUA